GGCGGGACUUUGGCUUUGACUCUGUUUGAAGGGGCUGUGAAAACAUGGCUGAUGCUACAUGUGGUGACAGAGAAGAAAAUGGGUGUUUUGGGGAAAGCUUCAUCAUGGUCCUGGUGUGUCUAAUCUUCAGUGUCUUGUCAACUAUAGAACAAUAUGCUGAAUUUGCCACUGGAACCCUCUUCUGGAUGGAGAUUGUGCUGGUGCUGUUCUUUGGCACAGAGUAUGUGGUCCGGCUGUGGUCGGCAGGCUGUCGCAGCAAAUAUGCAGGCAUCAAAGGACGUCUCCGCUUUAUCCGGAAGCCCAUAUCAAUCAUAGAUGUGAUAGUGGUCAUCGCCUCAAUCAUUGUGCUCGGGGUAGGGUCCAAUGGCCAAGUGUUUGCCACAUCUGCCAUCAGAGGCAUCCGUUUCCUCCAAAUCUUGCGCAUGCUACAUGUGGAUCGACAGGGAGGAACGUGGAGGCUCCUGGGGUCUGUAGUCUUUAUUCAUCGACAGGAGCUGAUCACUACCCUGUACAUCGGCUUUCUGGGCCUGAUCUUUUCUUCCUAUUUUGUCUACUUGGCCGAGAAGGAUGCUGUGGAUGAGGAGGGCAAGACAGGUUUCUCCAGCUAUGCUGAUGCCCUGUGGUGGGGCGUGGUGACUGUCACCACCAUCGGCUAUGGUGACAAAAUUCCUCAGACGUGGAUAGGCAAGGCCAUUGCUUCCUGCUUCAGUGUCUUUGCCAUCUCCUUCUUUGCUCUGCCAGCUGGUAUCCUGGGCUCAGGGUUUGCUCUGAAGGUCCAACAGAAGCAGAGACAGAAGCAUCCCUCAUCCAGACACUAUGGAGAUGCUAUGCAGCAGAGAAACCAGGUGGCUGUGAAGUUACAUGGAAAAUGUAUGUCCUAACUCCAGAGGCUGUCACCACACUGGAAUCUGGCAGCACUAGCCCUAACAUCAAGAAAUUUAACAUACCG